AUGGACAAACACAAUCUAACAGUGCUGAAUGAAUUCAUUCUGAUGGGACUCACAGACUGCCAUAAGCUACAGGUGCCAUUGUUCGGGCUGUUCCUCAUUAUCUACAUGAUCUCAGUGGCGGGCAACUUGGGCAUCAUCAUCCUCACCAAGACCGACUCCAGGCUACGAACACCUAUGUACUUUUUUCUCAGACACCUGGCUAUCACUGAUCUUAGUUAUUCAACAGCUGUGGGACCCAAAAUGUUGGUAAAUUUUGUUGUGGAUGAAAAUAAAAUCUCCUAUUAUUUUUGUGUUACACAGCUAGCUUUCUUUAUUAUGUUCAUAACUAGCGAACUUUUUAUUGUGUCAGCAAUGUCCUACGACCGCUAUGUGGCCAUCUGUAACCCUCUCUUCUAUACAGUCGUCAUGUCACAAAGGACACGUUGGGUGCUGAUGGUAAUCCUCUAUCUCUACAGCACAUUUGUUUCUCUUCUAGUCACUAUAAAGAUUUUUAAUUUAUCCUUCUGUGGCAACAAUGUCAUCACUCAUUUUUACGGUGACACUCUCGCCUUGUUAUCCUUGGUCUGUUCAAACACUUAUGAAAUGGAAUUGAUCAUUUUCAUCUUAGCAGCUUUUAAUUUUAUUUCAUCCCUCCUAAUAGUUCUUGUUUCUUACCUGCUCGUUCUUAUAGCCAUUCUCAGGAUGAACUCAGCUGAGGGCAGGCACAAGGCCUUCUCCACCUGUGGAUCCCACCUGACGGUGGUAGUACUGUUCUAUGGGACUUUAAUCUUUAUGUACAUGCAGCCCAAGUCCAGCCACUCCUCUGACACUGAUAAAGUGGCUUCCAUAUUUUACACCCUGGUUAUUCCCAUGUUGAAUCCUUUGAUCUAUAGUUUGAGGAAUAAAGAUGUGAAAUAUGCCUUACAUAGGACUUUGGGACAAUUAUGCAGUGUAUUUUCCCAAAGUUCACUAUAUCAUUCACAUAAAUCACAUUAUGGGCUUUAA